AUGUCCCAGUAUGCCCAGGGAAAGUACAGGUUUACCACAGGAAAGAAGCCAGGGGCUAAGAAGUGGAAGGCUGCCAUGCAGCUCAUCAACUCCUGUCCACUGACUCCUGUGUACAACCUAUCAGUGCGCAAGUACAAUAUUUUCGGGAACAAAAUUCCCUGCAGAUGUGGAUAUCAUAAGUCGAUUAUGCAGAAGUCGGAGAUGAUGAAGAAGCAUGCUGGUCAUGUGCCUACAGAGGCUCAAGUCCUGGCAAACAUCAGCUCCAGUGAAAUGACCAGGCACUGUAAGAGGAGGGGGGUUGAGGAAACGCGGAGGCUGAUCCAGGGUUUGCUGAAGUCCAUGUGGGAACUGACCGACACCACAGGUUUGCAACUGAUCAACCCUGAGAGCAUGAAACAUGUGUGGGAGGUGCAGCAGAAGCAUGUGGCAUGCAUCCAAGAUCCUCCUGGGGUUGAACUGUACACCAGAGUUCGCUCUGGGUUGCAGAAGGGGGACAUGAUCCUGGAUGUCUUCAGAUGUGGCAGGGGGUCAUCUUCUGUGGAAAGUUUCCAUCGCUACCAGUGCACCUUUAUCCCGGGCUGCAGGUCCAACACUAUGCACACUCAGAUGUACAUGCUUGAGGGUGGUUCCAGAUGGAACACUAACCGAGCCCAUGCAGCUGUCGGUGUGAUUGGUGCAUCGCAUGCUAAACUCUUUGAUGUCCGCCUGAUGUAGAGCAUUAAUGACCUCAGCAGAAGUGUCCUUGGUCAGCCACUUUUGCCAGAAUUUAUUCCCCCUGGGAGACCCAUGUAAUGGGAAUUUUUACAUUUGUGAAUGUUUAAUUGCAUUAGCAGAUAUGUAUGUGGAGGACUUACCAAAUGGUUCAACAAAUUGUUUAUCUGAAAGGGCAACUUUAAGGUUUACGAUGGUGGCUUAAGAGACUUGAGUUUUAUGGCUUCUCAUGGUAUCUCUGAUUGGGGUCAAACAACUGGGGUCUCACGGGGGGGGGGGUCA